ACGGCGUGCAACAACCUGCCCGACACACAGAGAAUCAUCAUGGCGACCUGUGUCGGACCGUGCAUGGACAAUGUUCUUCUUAUUACAGACUCCUACAAGGUGACCCAUCACAUGCAGUACCCACCAGACACAACCACAAUAUUCUCUUACUUUGAAAGCCGAGGUGGGAAGUUUAAGGAGACGGUGUUCUUUGGACUGCAGUACCUUAUAAAGAGAUGGCUGGUUGGGCAGGUUGUCACAAGGGAAAAGAUUGCAGAGGCUAAGGAUAUCUACAAGAAACACUUUAAACAGGAUGUCUUCAAUGAGGAAGGGUGGAACUAUAUCGUAGAGCACCAUGGAGGAAAGUUGCCGCUGCUCAUCAAAGCUGUACCAGAGGGAACAGUCGUCCCAGUCAAGAACGUCCUCUUCACUGUGGAGAACACAGACCCUAAGUGCUUCUGGCUUACCAACUGGUUUGAGACACUACUGGUACAAGUGUGGUACCCGAUGACUGUCGCCACAAACUCCAGAGAACAGAAGAAAAUCAUCGCCAACUUCCUACACGAGACGGCAGACAACAUGGACGGACUGCCGUUCAAACUACACGACUUCGGCUUCAGAGGAGUGUCAGCUGUUGAGGCAGCUGCUAUUGGUGGAGCAGCUCACCUGGUUAACUUCAUGGGGACAGACACCAUCGCGAGUCUGGUCAUGGCACGGAAGUACUACGGAGCAGACAUGGCGGGAUUCUCUAUUCCAGCCGCUGAGCACAGUACAAUCACAGCUUGGGGAAAGACUGGUGAACUGGAAGCUUUUAAGAACAUGUUGACGAGAUUUCCCAAAGGCCUGGUGGCCUGUGUGAGCGACAGCUACGACAUCUGGAACGCCUGCGAGAACCUGUGGGGGAAGGAGCUGAAAAACCUGAUUGUGAAGAGAGGAGAGAGUAACUCUACUCUAGUCGUCAGGCCAGAUUCCGGAGAGCCUGCUGAUGUAGUCGUUAAGGUACUAACCAUCCUCGGCAAGGCCUUUGGAACACAGAAAAAUUCCAAGGGAUAUAAAGUCCUGCCUCCAUAUCUACGUAUCAUCCAGGGAGACGGUAUCAGCUAUGAGACACUAACUGGCAUUCUAGAGAGGAUGAAGAAACUGGAAUGGAGUGCAGACAACAUUGCCUUUGGCAGUGGAGGGGCUCUGCUACAGAAGCUGAACAGGGACACUCAGAAAUGUGCUUUCAAGUGCAGCUUCGCAGUGGUGAAUGGGGAAGGGGUGGAUGUGUUCAAGCAGCCAAUCACAGAUCCCGGCAAGAAGUCCAAAAAAGGGCGGCUGACUUUGGAGCUACAGAACGGGAAAUAUGUGACUGUACAGGAGGGACAGGGUGACCCAAAGAAGGACUUGCUCGUACCGGUGUUCAAAGACGGAGAACUCCUAAAGGAUUACACGUGGCAGGAGGUCCGCGAACGAGCCGAGAUUCCACAGGUUCUGGAACAGAAAAAGAAAAAGAACGCUACGAAAUAGUGACAUAGCAACCCUCUGUUUCUGUAUGGGACCCUUUUGCAGGGCUCUAGCCAGCACCUGUUUUUCCAUCAAUUGCAGGAACUU